UCGGGCUUUGUCAGCGCCCUCAGCCUCCGCCGCCGCCGCCCCUCUGCCAGCGCUCCGGCGCCACUCGGCCGGCGGUCUCCGCGGGAGGGAGCGAGGCGGCGGGCGGCCGGGCGGGCGGCUGACGGGGGCGGCCGGCGGUCCUGCGCGCUCGGCGGCGGCGGCGGCUCCAUGGGGUCGGCGUGAGGCGGCCGGCGCUCCGAGGCUUUCCCGCUGCUGCACGGAGGGGACCGUCUCCCGUGGACGGGGUUCCUGGAGAGCGCGGCUGAACAGCUGGCAGUGAUUCCCAUCCCGUCUUCGUUUUCCUUUGUGCAGCAUUCGGGAACAUCCAGAAACCGGGAACAUGAACAGCGUUAGUAACGAAGAGUUCGACUGCCACUUCCUCGAUGAGGGCUUUACCGCCAAGGACAUCCUGGACCAGAAGAUUAACGAAGUCUCCGCUUCAGACGAUAAGGAUGCCUUCUAUGUCGCGGACCUGGGAGACAUUCUAAAGAAACACCUGCGGUGGCUAAAAGCUCUUCCGCGGGUCACCCCCUUCUAUGCAGUCAAGUGCAAUGACAGCAGGACCAUCGUGAAGACCCUGGCUGCCAUCGGGACGGGCUUUGACUGUGCCAGCAAGACUGAGAUACAGUUGGUGCAGAGCCUCGGGGUGCCUCCGGAGAGGAUCAUCUACGCAAACCCUUGUAAACAAGUGUCUCAGAUUAAAUACGCCGCCAGUAACGGGGUCCAGAGGAUGACUUUCGACAGCGAAGUCGAGCUGAUGAAGGUCGCCAGGGCACAUCCAAAGGCCAAGCUGGUUUUGCGGAUUGCCACCGACGACUCCAAAGCAGUGUGUCGUCUCAGUGUUAAAUUUGGUGCCACACUCAAGACCAGCAGGCUUCUUUUGGAACGGGCCAAGGAGCUAAACAUCGAUGUCAUCGGUGUGAGCUUCCACGUGGGCAGCGGCUGUACUGACCCCGAGACCUUCGUGCAGGCCAUCUCCGACGCCCGCUGCGUCUUCGACAUGGGGGCUGAGGUUGGCUUCAGCAUGUACCUGCUGGAUAUCGGUGGUGGCUUUCCUGGAUCUGAGGAUGCAAAGCUUAAAUUUGAGGAGAUCACCAGUGUAAUCAACCCAGCCCUGGACAAGUAUUUUCCAUCAGACUCGGGAGUGACACUCAUAGCUGAGCCGGGCAGAUACUAUGUUGCGUCAGCUUUCACGCUUGCAGUUAAUAUCAUUGCCAAAAAACUGGUCUUAAAGGAACAAACGGGCUCUGAUGAUGAAGACGAGUCGAGUGAGAAGACCUUCAUGUAUUACGUGAACGAUGGAGUGUAUGGGUCCUUUAACUGCAUCCUCUACGAUCAUGCGCACGUGAAGCCCCUUCUGCAGAAGAGGCCCAAACCAGAUGAGAAGUACUACCCCUCCAGCAUCUGGGGCCCGACCUGUGACGGCCUCGACCGCAUCGUGGAGCGCUGCGGCCUGCCCGAGAUGCACGUGGGGGACUGGAUGCUCUUUGAGAACAUGGGUGCUUACACCGUGGCUGCUGCUUCUACUUUCAAUGGGUUCCAGCGGCCGACGAUCUACUACGUGAUGUCAGGGCCGACAUGGCAACUGAUGCAGCAAGUCCAGAACCGUGACUUCCCGCCCGAGGUGGAGGAGGACGCCGGCGCCCUGCCUGUGUCCUGCGCCUGGGAGAGCGGGAUGGAGCUCCUCCCAGCAGCCUGCGCGUCGGCCCGAGUUAACGUGUAGACGCCAUUCCUGUAGCUGUUACGCGAGUGUAGCUUGACUUAAGGAUUGGGGGGACCACUUAACUUAAUGAUUGCUAGUUUGAAAUGUCUUUGUAAGUGGGGGUGACACAGAUGGAACCAGGUGGAAGGCCUAGGCGACGGGGUCACACUUAUGUGUUCCUAUGGAAACUAUUUGAAUAUUUGUUUUAUAUGGAUUUUUACUCAAUUCUCAAACAUGCUACUGCAGAGCGCCCCUCAGCUGCCAGGCAAGCAUUUGUAGCUUGUGUGUUGGCAGAACCAGCUGAGGCCGAGUGCUGUGACCUGUUGAACCAAUAAAGUUCCUUGGAAAUUGGGCA